AUGGCUCAAAUUGUUGUGGCCGAGUCGGAUAAGGAGGCCGAACAGCAGAUUCCAAAUGAACGGCCGAUUCAAGAAGAGCGGGACAAAAAACAUACCGCUGAGGGAGAGGCCGGCUCGGAGGAGAGCCUUGCUGACAAACGGCCUCGUCUAGAGGAGUCAGAUGUGGUUGUUCCUUUUGUUGUUCAACCAAAGAUCAAAAACACGCCGAUCUCCUAUGACGCAUCUGCCUUGAAGGAUCCAGCUGUAGCGUUGAGCUUGGCUGCCUCAGUCUUGUUGCCAACUAACAAGGUCACCUUUCGAGCAGAGCCGGAUUUGGUAGCUAUAGCGUUAGCUGUCCAAUCGGCCCUUCUGACGGUUGGAAGGAUAGCCAAACUAGGCUGCCACCAACACGAUGCCGUUGAAAGAAUUGGCCGACUGAAGUCGGAAGCUGAAGGUGAGAGGAGUAGAGCCGAGUUCGAAGCGAUGAGAGCCGCGAUGGAAAGUGCUCAAGCCGAAGAUGAGAAGGAGAGGGCUCAGACUGCUGAUCGGCUCAGAUCCGACACCGAGGAGAGGGCGAACGCGAGCGAGGAAUUGCUCAAGUUAGCCAAUGAGGCACUUGCCAAGGUGGAGGCCGAGUUGGAAGAGUUAAGGAAGGCCAAGGAAAAAGCUGACUCUGAGGCUUCUACGGCGUUCGAGGAUGGAAAGAGCGCCGCCCUUGAGAACUACGUAGAAGAAACGGUUGGAAGGAUAGCCAAACUAGGCUGCCACCAACACGAUGCCGUUGAAAGAAUUGGCCGCCUGAAGUCGGAAGCUGAAGGUGAGAGGAGUAGAGCCGAGUUCGAAGCGAUGAGAGCCGCGAUGGAAAGUGCUCAAGCCGAAGAUGAGAAGGAGAGGGCUCAGACUGCUGAUCGGCUCAGAUCCGACACCGAGGAGAGGGCGAACGCGAGCGAGGAAUUGCUCAAGUUAGCCAAUGAGGCACUUGCCAAGGUGGAGGCCGAGUUGGAAGAGUUGAGGAAGGCCAAGGAAAAAGCUGACUCUGAGGCUUCUACGGCGUUCGAGGCUGGAAAGAGCGCCGCCCUUGAGAACUACGUAGAAGAAGUUUUCUUCAGCAGGGAAGAAGCUCGGUCUCUGGUUGAGUCUGAUAUUGCGAUGAAUUGCAGCGGGGAAAGACAUUCGCACGAGAGGCAGGGGCUCAAGAAACAUCAGCCUUUAAGUCGUCAAAGCAGAUCACCUCAAAAGGAGAAACAGGGAUGGCAAAGUGUCCGCAACCGCGACCAAGAAAUGGGCCGACGUAGCUCCGCGGCCGUUGAGUAUUACUGCUUCGUGGUGAAUUCCUUUCUUGUCUUGGAUCUUGGCCUUGACUAUGUCUAUGGUGCCAAAGGUUUCCGCCUCAAGGGCGAUUAUCUCGUUUGGGUGAAUCGUGAACUGAGCGCGGUCAGAUCAAAGCAUUUUCAAGUUGCGGGGUGCCCUCUGAUUAGCGGGCAUUGA